GCCACUCUGGGCAGCUGGGUGAAGGCCCAUCUGGGCGAGCCUCCCUGGGCGGCCCCACGGCAGGCCUGCCCGCUUCACUUUCAGGUUUCUCAAAGUGCCUUCCUGCUCCUGUCUGCUUCCCCAUCCUGCCAGGUUUCCGUCUUCUUGUUUCCCUUCCUGGGCUGGUGGCAGUGGGGGGCUGUGCCUGGUGGGCCCCGUGGAGAUGCUCAGUGCUUGGGAUCGCCGGGACCGGCCCCCUGAAGAGGGGGCAGCUGCAGGGCUCCAGGGCUUCAGCGUGGACAAGACCUUCCUCUCCUCCCUCAAAGGCAUCCUGCUGGAAACUGAGCUGGCCCUGACCUUCAUCAUCUUCAUCUGCUUCACGGCUUCCAUCUCGGCCUACAUGGCCGCAGCACUGCUAGAGUUCUUCAUCACGCUGGCCUUCCUCUUCCUCUACGCCACCCAGUACUACCAGCGCUUCGAUCGGCUGAACUGGCCCUGUCUGGACUUCCUCCGCUGUGUCAGUGCCAUCAUCAUCUUCCUGGUGGUCUCCUUUGCGGCCGUGACCUCCCGGGAUGGAGCUGCCAUUGCUGCUUUUGUUUUUGGCAUCAUCCUGGUUUCCGUCUUCGCCUAUGAUGCCUUCAAGAUCUAUCGGACUGAGAUAGUGCCCAGGGCCACCCAGGCGGACCAGCAGUGACCCUGGGGCUACCUGGCUUCCGGGCUCAGCCAGACAAAGGGGACGAUGAAGCCCAGACACAUCUUUGGAUUUGCUGGCACCCCAGCCUACUGCCCCCCACCCCAGGCCUGCAGAGAUGGAGUCUGGUCUGAGAAGUCACCGGGGACUUGUCUGUGGAGCCUGGCGCUCUGAGAUCUGGCUCCUGAUGAAGCUCAGCCAGGGAGGGGGUGUUGUGGAGGGAGGAGGAUUCAGGAGGAAGC